AUGAGUUGUAGGCGUCGCGAGGGCAACAUGGUAAACAUGGAACAAAAACAAAUCCACCUAAAGGGACUGUUUGGUAUCCCCGCGUGUUCCUUGUCCCAUUCCCUCUCCAAAACCUCAGUCCGGAUUCCCCGAGUGAUGGCCUGUGCAAGCUUUGUAAAGCUAAACGCAGCGUCCUCUUCAUGGAUCGGCCAAAAGUCAUCUUUCGGUGAGCGAUCUCAGGGAUCCUCAACUCGCCGAGUCUCCUUCUCGAUCCGCGCCAGCUCUUACACUGACGAGCUCGUCCAAACCGCUAAAGUUAUUGCAUCACCUGGUCGUGGUAUCCUUGCCAUAGAUGAAUCUAAUGCAACUUGUGGGAAGAGGUUGGCAUCUAUUGGCUUGGAUAACACCGAAACCAAUCGACAAGCAUACAGACAACUUUUGCUGACUACUCCUGGUCUUGGUGAAUACAUUUCCGGUGCCAUUCUUUUUGAGGAGACUCUUUACCAGUCUACGACCAGUGGAAAGAAGUUUGUGGAUUGUCUGCGUGAUGAGAACAUUGUACCUGGCAUCAAAGUUGACAAGGGUUUAGUUCCUCUACCAGGAUCAAACAAUGAGUCUUGGUGCCAAGGUUUGGAUGGAUUGGCUUCGAGAUCUGCUGAAUAUUACAAGCAAGGUGCACGUUUCGCUAAGUGGAGGACUGUUGUCAGCAUUCCCUGUGGCCCUUCUGCUCUGGCUGUCAAGGAAGCUGCAUGGGGACUUGCACGAUAUGCUGCCAUUUCACAGGAUAAUGGUCUUGUGCCCAUAGUUGAGCCUGAGAUUCUGCUUGAUGGUGAUCAUCCAAUUGACAGGACCCUUGAAGUUGCUGAGAAGGUCUGGGCAGAAGUCUUUUACUAUUUGGCAGAAAACAAUGUCAUGUUUGAGGGCAUCCUACUUAAGCCUAGCAUGGUAACACCAGGGGCUGAACACAAGGAGAAGGCUUCCCCAGAUACCAUAGCGAAAUAUACACUCACAAUGCUUAAAAGGAGAGUACCUCCUGCGGUUCCCGGUAUCAUGUUUUUGUCGGGAGGGCAAUCUGAGGUGGAAGCAACCCUUAACCUCAAUGCAAUGAACCAAAGCCCCAACCCAUGGCAUGUUUCCUUCUCUUAUGCUCGUGCACUGCAGAACACCGUGCUCAAGACAUGGCAGGGACACCCUGAGAAUGUGGAAGCUGCUCAGAAGUCACUUUUGGUGCGUGCCAAGGCUAACUCCCUGGCUCAGCUUGGAAGGUAUUCUGCUGAGGGCGAAAGCGAGGAAGCUAAGAAGGGAAUGUUCGUAAAGGGCUAUACCUAUUGA